AUGCCCGUGGGCAAAGAGGCGAACGCCCGUUCCCAGCCCGCUGAGGGCAGGCCGAGCGCGCAGAGGAUGCGCCAGGUGGCCCGCAGGCAGCCCGAGGAAGCGCCGCAGGGCAGCCCGAGCCAGGCCUCGUCCCACCAUGGGAUCACGCAGGCACGGGUGCCCAACCCAGAGAGGUUUCAGCGUGUCGCCAACCAGCAGGCACAGAUGGGCAGCGCGGGGCACCGAGGGAUGCUGCCCCGCAGCAGCGGGCCAAUGCGUGAGCAGACGCUUCGUCUGCCACCAGUGGUGGCAAUGGCACCCCGGCCGCCUCCUCGCUCAGAGAGACCCGUCGUCACCUCCUGCAGGCUGCCGCCUGUGGCACCAGCAGCCUCUGCGGCUUCUGGCACUGUCAGCAGCUUGGCCAUCGGCAGCACGAGCAGCAGGCAACAGCAGCUUCUCAAAACCGCAGCCCAGCUGCGCCGCGAACCAAGUCACGGCAGCAGAGUUGCAUGGCCAGAGACCUGCCGGACACCUGCCCCACUCAGCCCCACAGCCUCUGCCUCUGCAAUGGAGAGCUCGGGCAGCGUGAGCGCAGUCCUGCGCAAGAACAGCACCGGGAGCCGGGGAGCCCGCCGGCAGCCAGCGCCACGGCAGGACCUGGCGCACAGCAGGGCUGCAGGGAUGAGGACAAGGACAGACCCUGUCCCGGUGGCUGGCAGCAGCAAGGCCCCUGCCGCUCAGCCCACACGUCACUCUCACAGCCAUGGGGGUACCGGUGCUCCCCAGAGCAGGAACACAGGGCAAGCAGCAGAGCACCUGCCAGCAAUGCCGGCGGCACGCAUGAAUUCCUGCAUCAACACCAAGUUCCUUGGUGUGCACUACAGGCCUGUUGCACAGCGUCUGCCCCCCCAGCCCAGCAAGACCAGGCCUUCGGAGCAGCCGAAGAAGAGCUGCCUGGCCAGAGCUCCUGAGGAAGAGGAGCACCAGGCACGUCUCCUUCCCGUGGCACCGGCACCAGCUUCUAAUAACCUUGGCAAGAAGGAGGCAGCACCACAGGGGCAGAGACAUGCACCUGCCCUGAAGGGCACCAGAGUGAUGGACGCAGCUCUGCAGGUCACAGCCACAUCCAAAAAGAGGAAGCUGCUGCUCCCGCCCUUGCCUGGGAUCCUGAGAACCAGCAAGAAGCAGGCGGAACAGCAAGACACAAGCCAAAGCUGGCAUGUGGCGAUGGCAGCAUUGCCGCAUGCAGCACUUAAGGACACCGAGUCUGCUGUGAGCCAUGUGCGUGUGUCAGUGGCAGCAAUGAGACCUGCAGCAGUUGAGGGCACGGAGUCUCCUGUGGCCGCAGAGCCUCAGGGAGAGCCAAGCACAGCCCCUCUCGUCCCAGCAGCAGCCGAGAGUGGAGAAGACAUGGUGUCUCCUGUGGCUGGAGACCACCAAGAAGAGGCCAUAAGAGCCAGUGUCUCCCUGGCAGCACACGAGGGGGAUGUGACACCUUCAUUGACUGAGAUCCCUGGGGCAGAUGCUGGAACACCGCCCCCUGCCCCUGGGGCAGAAGAUGAAGGGGAAGCAGCAGCUCGUCCCUUGGCUCAGGACUCUCAGCACCAGGAGGAGCCAGCAGCCUUGCCCGCAGAGGAGGAGAAGGAUGAGGAUGCGAAGGAGGAGUCGGAAUAUGUUAGUGACAAAGAGCUGUCCCAAGGAGAAGCCGGCACCUUGUACAACAUCUGCGUCAACCCCUUGGUGCCAGAGCUCUUCCAGGACCCCCGAGCGCAUAUCCAGGAGGGACCCAGCAUCCUCAGCAGCAUGGGCACGGAUGCGGCAGCAGAGGCAGCCGGAGACCUGCAGAGCGUGUCUCCUGCCCCGGCCGGUCCCACGGACACCGAGCCGGCAGCUCCGAGCCUGGCUGGAGCUGCUGAGGAAGAGCAGCACCAGGCACCUCUCGCUGCUGCGCACCAAGAGCAGGAGGAGGCACUGGCAUCAGCUUCCCCUGGCUUUGAUGAGGAGGAGGCAGAAGCAGAGGCCUGGAAAAAGGCAUUUGCCCUGCUCAGCGCCAAGGUCUCUGAGCUGCUACAACAGGAAACAGCCGCGUGCAUAAGGAGGGACAUCGCGCACCGGGCUUCGGCUGUCUUACACCAAAGUGACGAGCAGCCUCUGGAACAGCAGGACAUGGCUCAAAGCCAUGUGAAUGUGGCAAUGGCAGCAAUGAGACCUGCAGCAGUUGAGGACACGGAGCCUCCUGUGGCCACAGAGCCUCAGGGAGAGCCAAGCACAGCCCCUCUCGUCCCAGCAGCAAAAGAGAAGGCGGCACCGGCACGAGCUUCCCGUGCCUUUAGCAAGCAGGAGGAAGACAAAGAGGCCCAGGAGGCACUUGCUCUGCUCAGCCCCAUAGCCUCUGAGUUUGUUCCACAGGAACUAGCCAGCCAGUUCGUGAGGGAUGUCAUUCGCGCUGGUUUUGCUGUGAUCCAGGAAACUAUCCUGCAGCGUCUGGAAGAGCAGGACGUGGCCGAAGGAGUGGAUGUGUCGACGGCAGCAAGGAGACCUGCAGAAGUUCAGUCCACCGAGUCUCCUGUGCCAACACCAGCAGAGGCCCAGAGAGAGACACCAUCAUGGGCCGAGAGAGAGACACCAUCACGGGCCCAGGGAGAGGGAUCAGGGCACCCCUGGAGUCAGCUCCCACCACAUGCGCAGAGACAGACCCCACCCAGGGUCUCAGUUCUCAACAGAGCUCUGCAGGCUGUAUUGGGGCGCAAAGUGAGGAAAGCACCUAAAAAGCACCAAGGAGAGGCCAGCACAACCUUUGCUACCCCGCGAUUCUACGAGGAUGCACAGGCAGCGUAUGCAGCAGCUCAGGAAAGGGCAGCAACACCCUGGUGUCAAGAGGCACCCAGGCCAAGCUGGAGGCAGCGUCUGUUCAAGUGCGGCAGUGCCCCGGCCUCCCCUCCUCCUACAAGGGUUCAUAUCCCUCAUCGCAGUCUCCCCAGGAGAGAACCUUAUCGGUGGCUGAGAGGAGGAACCUACGAUAGGUCCUCCUAUCACUACACCUAUUCUUACCCCAGAGUCAUCGUCGUCUUGCCGCAAGGAGUACUGCACGAUGAGAAAGAGCAUCAAGAGCAGCAACCAUCCUGCUUCAGAAGGGUGCUGAGGGCUCUGUGCAAGGCUUGCAGCUGCUCCUGCAUGAACCCACAAGUGGAGGAGUAGUGCCCCACUGCCAGCUCCAGGCCCGAGGGAGCUGCACUGAGGAUGCUGAGGAUGCUGAGGAUGGGAAACCACCUUGAACUCCUGGCCACCCUGUGUACGGCUGGCACGUGAAGCUCCACAGUACAACCGGAGCAAGCGGAGAACAACUUCAUCUUGCUGGAAACCAGCUCUAAAGACUGUGUCUGGGAAGCUGUAGUGUAGCAUGAGCACGUGCAUGGCCUCGGCUUCCUUCCCCGACCCCAUGCGCCCGGCUAUGUCCUCGCUCGGGGUCCGUGGCUGUGAAGGCAGAGGCAGAAUGCAUCGACAGAAGGCUCCAGAAGUCAGAAAGGGAGGUCAUGGGGAGGGUCCUGGAGCAACUUCUCUUGACUGACUGGUGUGUCAGUCACUCCUGGAAUUGGGGCAAGAGAAGCUUCCAGAGGUCCAGGAAGCGGGGCCAAUAAACAGGGCCAUGUGCGAGCCCCUGGGGCACUCUCUGCACACCAAAACCCCCCAUUGGCAGACUGGUGAUCUCUCAAUAUCUGUUACUCCCUCUUUCUCUCUCCCUUUCUCACUUUUUUCUGAAAGUUGCUGAGUAACACGAGGCCCACCUCGACUUCUCAUGAAGCCGCAGAGCUCAGGCGGAGUAUAACUGUG